ACGCCAUAAUCUCCUCUUCCCAUAUUCUGUUUCCUUCAUUCCGAUCACCUUUUUCAAUCUCGUCGCCGGAAAAAAUGAGUUCUACCGACGCACCGGCCAAGGGCGGCAGAGGCAAGAAAUCCUCCUCCAAGUCUGUCUCCAGGUCUUACAAGGCCGGCCUCCAAUUCCCCGUCGGCCGGAUCGCCAGGUACCUCAAGAAGGGCCGUUAUGCUCAGCGCGUCGGCUCCGGCUCCCCUGUCUACCUCUCCGCCGUCCUUGAAUACCUCGCCGCCGAGGUUUUGGAGUUGGCUGGUAAUGCCGCGAGGGACAACAAGAAGACCAGAAUCAUCCCGAGGCAUAUCCAGCUCGCGGUGAGGAACGACGAGGAAUUGAGCAAGCUUUUGGGAUCUGUUACGAUCGCCAGCGGUGGAGUGAUGCCGAAGAUUCAUCAGUCUCUUUUGCCGAAGAAGGCAGCGGCCGGGAAGGAGAAGGCCGAGAUCGGAUCAGCAUCGCAGGAAUUUUAGGUUACUAAAGAAAUCACCAUUGAUGAAAAGAAGAACAAAAUAGUUAGGUUAUGUUAGAUUGUUGUUUGUAUGGAAUCAUUCUUCUUCUGGUAUGUAAAUUUGCGAAACGAAUUUCGUUACUUAGAUCAGUUUCCAUCCGUCUUCAUUGUUCAACUUUGUUCCUAGUGUAAAUCCCGAUGAAGUUAGCCACUUAUUUGAAUCGAAAGAAAUGGCGUUUGAGACCUCUUUUUUCCUUCA